ACAAACCAAAAGGGGAGAGGAAAGGGAAGCCCCAAGGCUUUUGGAGUCGGGCUGUGACUCUCACUCACUCUCUCUGUCUCAUCCACUAUUAUCAUAGUUAUACGUCGUCUAUUACCAGCACCACCUCUGUUUUUCCUGAGAUUUUCUACAAUGCAUCUGGCAACUUCCACAGCCCUAUCACCCACCAAUACAGCCAAAAUGCUGGAGCGGGCCCUUUCUUCCCGGCGAGCCGCCUCCCACGCCGACGAAGCUGGCACCGACGAUGAACCCACCGCCGACGAGUCCAAGACCAAGAAGCACCUGCCCAUCUCCUUUUUCACCACCCGGGCUACCAACUACUUUACCCGAGUGGGACCCAUCUGGCCCUGCCUCUUCGUUCUCUUCUUCGUCCUCCUCCUCAUAUUUUCCCUCGUUUAUAACUCUCGCAGAUUCGUCUGUGUCUCACCGUAUAACUCCGUUUCUCGAUCCGGGUUCUUUGGGUUCGACGGCCUCGAAUCGGACUUCGGAUCCCUCGGCGUGCCCUGGUGCAGAUCGAAACAUGGAAAAACUGUUGAAUGGACAUCUAAGGAUUUAAUCAAGGGCUUGGAAGAGUUCGUACCAAUAUAUGAAACGCGACCAAUAAAAAAUAACAUGUACGGGAUGGGUUUUGACCACAGCUUUGGGCUUUGGUUCAUUGCCCGGUGGCUGAAGCCUGAUCUGAUGAUUGAGAGUGGGGCUUUCAAAGGGCAUUCCACUUGGGUUUUGCGGCAAGCCAUGCCAGAGACACCAAUAAUAUCAAUUACACCCAGGCAUCCAGAGAAGUAUUUAAAGAAGGGGCCUGCAUAUGUUGAUGGUAACUGCACAUACUUUGCCGGAAAAGACUUCAUAGAUUUUGGAAGUAUUGAUUGGGUUAAAGUAAUGAAGAAACAUGGGAUUACUGAUCUUAGUCAGGUUCUUAUUUUUUUUGAUGACCAUCAGAAUGAAUUGAAAAGAAUACGACAGGCACUGGAUGCCGGUUUUCGACAUCUAGUGUUUGAGGAUAACUAUGAUACUGGAACCGGUGACCACUAUUCCUUAAGGCAAAUUUGUGAUCAGUCCUAUAUAAGAGGAGGUGGUCACAGCUGCUUUAAAGACAGCGAUGAAGCUAGGAUUAGGUUGAAAAGGAAAAAGUUCUGGGAGAAAGCAGUGGACAUAGAAGAACUUUGUGGGCCCAAUGAAGCUUGGUGGGGUGUGAGAGGGUACAUGCGGGAUAAUUUUAACCACAGCAACCAGCCAAUUUCCUAUUCUGAACAUUUUCAAAACAGCCGGUUUGUGGAAUCAAUCCUGGAUGUUUAUUGGGAGCUUCCUCCAGUGGCAGGACCUUCCCUCACUCAUCAAACUAGAUAUGAUCCUGCUCGUUCACAACCUCCUAUUGUAGAAGAUGGCCGGUUUGGGUUAUUCCAGCGGCUUGGUUUAACCGGGCUUGAUAAUUCUGUAUUUAAUGGAUAUACUCAGAUGGUUUACCUUCAGGUAUCCAGACAGUAGUUUUAGAGCUGUCUUGAUGAAGAGGCGUUGUUUAGCUUUCUUUAGUUUGUUAAUAUUAUGCUUGAAUUUUUUGUUUUUUUUUUACAGGGUUAUUUAACUUGGUUGUCUCCUUUGAUUUUGUUCCUUUACUUAUUCUUCUUUUUAUUUAAUUUUACGAGACAGUUGUUCUGUAUCAAUAUUACUUCGUAACUUUACCGAUCUUGUUUUAGAUUCUUUCCCGACUGUGGACUAAUUUGAAGUUAGUUUUUUAAGA